GGCCACAGUCGCUCCAGUAUCCAGAUGCGGUAUUGCGGUGAUAUUGUGACCUGUCAGGUGUCCUUGGACCCUCUCCUGCAGUCUCAGACGCUUGACCCUGGUUGGCGGGUGCGGUCGAAGCCGCCAGGAUGCGGAAGAAGCGGUUGGCGCCGUCCAGGCACUGCCACGAGAGCAAUGCAGGCCACCAGCAGCCGGCGGCUAACGGGAAGCCUUGUCGUUCCAUCGUCGCAGAGCUGGGUCGGUAAACCGCAGCACGUAUGUACACUACAUAUCGGCUUAGGUGCUGUACUUAAGAGAGACCUUACCCCUGAUCAGCGACGCUAGUCUGGAGACGGCCUUCUCUCUCAGCGUCGAACCACAUAGAUGCUGGCUGUUUGUUUAGGCGUUCACCAAUCAAGCACAAUUUUUUUGGCAUAUCUUGGUAUUGCCGAGCCACAUCGAUGUCAGCGAGUCACGAUGAGGCAAUUAACCUGCUAUCGCUCGAUGGCGGGGGCGUGCGAGGAGUGGCCUCGCUCCUCAUCUUGCACGAGAUCAUGGUCAAGAUCAAGGAAAGUCGCGGUCUUGACCAGGUGCCCAAGCCUUGCGAUUACUUCCACAUGAUCGGAGGCACGAGCACGGGAGGCCUUAUCGCCAUCAUGCUCGGAAGGCUCCGCAUGUCGGCAGAGGAAGCCCUGCUGGAAUACGAUCAGUGUGCGAGCAAAAUCUUCGCCUUCGGCAACAGGAAGUGGACCACGGCCACCGAGAAAUACCGGGCCACUGCGCUCAAGGAAGCCGUGGAGGACCUCGUGCGACGGCGCAACAUGGGGGAAUACCUGAGGCACUACCCGCCAGCCGCCGAUGCCAAGGGCCAGUGUUUCGUCUGUGCCAUGCCCGCGAACAAAGUUGGGCAGCCUCGCCGGUUCCGCUCCUUUGCCGGCGACGACGGCAUGGAGGUCAAGAUCUGGGAGGCCGCCCGCGCCACCACCGCUGCUUCCUUCUAUUUCAAGCCCAUGCCCAUAAGGAUCGGCAGCUUCUCUACCGAGGAUUACAUCGAUGCCGCCAUCGGCUGCAACAAUCCUGUCGAGUACCUGCUCCAAGAAGCAGCGGAGCAGUUCGGAACCGGCCGGCGGCUGGGCUGUCUGAUCAGCAUCGGCACGGGCACGCGCCUCGUCAGCAUCGCGAGGGCAUCGAGCAUUAUGCGCUCGUGGAGAUUCGUCAAAGAGCUGGUUGGGACUCUCAAGAACACCGCCACCGACGGCGAGGAGGCGCACCGCCGCGUCCAAGCCAAGUUUGGUGCACAUCGCAAUGCCUAUUUCCGCUUCAACGUCCCCGAUGCUGCCGACCAGGUUGGACUGGACGAGUACCUCAAGCUGGGCCGCUUGAAGGCUUUGACCGCCGAAUAUCUGGCCCAGCCCUUCGUCAUGGACCGGGUCUCGGAUGCGGCAGAUGUGCUGGCCCGCAAUGCAGCCGACCAUGGAUUGACGCUGGGUCACUCCCAUGGCAUUGACAGGGACCUGUUGAUCUCGUCAACGCAGGACGUCCAGCCGUUGGGGGACGUUAGCUGUUUCUUCAUGGCCAGGGACGACAUCCUCGAUAAGCUGGACGCCCAUUUCUCGCCGCGCGACACGAAGGGGAAACCUCGACGAGAGUUCCUCUUGUAUGGUCUUGGCGGAGUAGGCAAGACCCAGAUUGCUCUCAAGGCUGCCGACAAUCUGGAGGACAGGUUCAAGUACAUCUUCCACGUCGAUGGAAGCACCGUCUCGACCGUGAACCGAAGCUACGCCAACAUCUGCCAGCAGUAUUGCGACGAAUAUCGGCAUAAAGAAUCCACGGGACGGGCCCCCGUCGAGGAAAUGAGGGAUGCCGCGCUGAGCUGGAUGGGAGAGCUGUCCGACGAGUGGCUUGUGAUAUACGACAACCUCCCCGACCAGGAGCGUCUGCGGCCGGUCCUCCCCCGCCGAAACGCGGGCAAUGUCAUCUACACCUCCCGGUCCCAGGGCUUUCUGGCCGACCUUCCAGCCGAGUGUGUGUACGAAGUCCAACCGCUGUCAGAGGCGGCGGCUGUGGACCUGCUGCUGAAGAUUGCCAACCGCGAGCACCUCAGAGGGGACGAGAAGGAAAUGGAGGCGGUUCGAGAAACCGUGACCGAGGCUGGCUGUCUACCUCUUGCCAUCGAAACCAUGGGAGCUAUUUUGAGGAAAGGAGAUUGCACCGCGCACACGUUCCUCCAUAGAUUCCGCGACCGGCGCAACCGGUCCGCGUUACUCGGUAGACCAAACCCGGAUGGCUCUUCGCCGGCUCGUCCGACCCUCUACGCUGUUUUCGACCUUUCGUACGAUGCAAUCUUGAGCUUGGUGCGGCGGGAGGGAAGAUGUCUGUUGGGGCUAUCCGCGUUAUGUGCCCUCAGGGUGUUGAACUUGCUCUGCUUCUACCACAAUGAGGAUAUCCCAAUCAAGAUGUUCGAGCAUGCGGCGGAAGAGCGGCUCAGGUUCGGCAGCGCAAGAGAAUGCCCUCUCUCCGACCUUGCAGAUGACCCCUCCAUGGAUGCCUCGCGCCUGCUGACUUGCAUUUAUCCUGAGAAGACUUGGGAUCGUAUGUUUGUCGAGUGCGGCCUGCAGCUUCUCCAGCAAUUCUCCCUUGUCAGGCGGUCGCCGCGGGGUCUCGUCUCAAUGCACGUGCUGAUUCAAGCCUGGGCCCAAGAUAGGAUGGACGAGCGGACUCGAUGCCGGCAGGCCCUGGCUGCGAGGAUCGUGCUCAUUGAAUCAAUAAAGUUCAGUUCUAAAUGGCUGGAUGACGUCUGGCUGCGGCACCUGGGUCCGCAUCUCCAUGCCUGCAUGGCUCAUGAGGUCGCUGAGCGAUCUCAUGACUAUGAAUAUGACGGUCUACUAAGCUUUAAGCUGGGGUGGUUCUAUCACCGGCAACGAUACUUCCCGCAGGCCGUGGACCACCUGCGCAGGGCCGCAGCCAUGUUCAAGAUAGAACAUGGCAGCCAUAGCAAACCGGCGACUUUGGCCCUCAGGAUCCUGGGCAAUGUCUAUCACGACAUGGGCUGUGUAGGCGACGCCGAGUCUAUGUAUAUGGAAAUUCUGGACAGGUUGCGUUUUCGCUUGAAGGAGAUGGUAGAGGAAUCUCAGAAGGAGAUGGAAGAGCAAUUUCGAAAGCGUACUUUGGUGAGUGAAGAUGGGCAGAGGAAUAGGCAAGCCAGGCGCCAGAAGAUCGUCCACGUAUUGCUUCAGGGGGUUUCGACGGAUCAGGUGGCCAGGCAGGUCAUGGCAACGGUUGAGGAGACUGACCCUAAAGGGGACACAAACCAGCCUCCAGCCAUCGUGGGAAUGCAUAAUUCUGUGACGAGGCGGGAGGACGGGCCCCAGAUUGAGGGAGAGACCGUUGAACAGGUGCGCGAACAUGUCGAUGCUGCCACCAAACAAGGGCCCAGCCUGCCGGACACGACAUACUGGAUUCUCGAGAAUGGUGACGUCUUGAGGGACCUAGCACGCCUGUACUUCGAUUCGGGGAGGUACGACAUGGGCAGGGUGUACCUUGAAGAUGCCAUAAGAGCGGCGAAAGAUGUCGUCGAAGCGGAUGACAUCGACAUGCUGGCUUGGGAAGCCGAACUCGCUUUGCAUUCCCGGAAUGCAGAUAGGCAGUACUGGCUUCAGCGGUUACAAGCGCUACAAGCGCCAGCAGCCCUACCUCCAGAUCAAGAUCCUCCGGACGCAGAAGAACGCCACGAUUACCGUGCCGUCCUGCACGAAGGCAUAGCUGAAGCGUGUAUUGCAUACGGCGACGUGGAAGAAGCUUACCUUUGGUACGAAAUGAAUCUGGAUAUGACCCGAGCCCUCUACGGACCAAGUGACCGCAAGACACUUCGUCAGAUGCGACACCUGGCACGGUGUGCUGUCAGGCUCGGUCGGUUCGAGGAGGCCGAGGACAUCGCAAGGAGGGCGGUGAAUGUGGCCAAGACUGUUUAUGGACGAUGGCACUUCGAGACUGCCGCAUCCCUGGACGCCCUCCUGUCUGUCCUGUUUUGCCUGACGCCCUUUCGAUGGCCCGGGUCGGAAAUUUGGAACAUCUCGCAAGAGGCUUGUAAGUCCCUUCGUUUUACCUUUGGCGAAGGACAUCCCAGGGCCAAAGAGUUGGAGAGAUGGGUGGAACGAUGGCGCCGCCGUAGAGCGGCUGCUGCUCGUGAUUCAGCCUUCGCCGAACUUGAUCCAACCUUGGCCGAACUUGCAUACAACAAGCUAGGCGAGCAAAUUGUCGACCAGGCCUUCGCAAACGGCGUCCCAAAGUCGAUAGAGGAGUUCAAGGAAAGGGCUACCGCUGCAUACCGUGAGAUCGAGAGGCAGAGAUGCCAGGCUGAGGCCAAGUUGAGCCCCGAGGAGAGGUUCAAACACCGGCGGCAACUCUUCGCGGAAGCGGAAAUGAGGGUUCGUGCGCGCAGGGCCUACGAAGCAGAGCAUGAAGCUGCCGGAACCAGAGCGGCAGAACUGCCUCAGCCUAGUAGCAGAAGACGGAAAUGGAAGGAGAGGAUAAUCAAGCUGUCCCCGAUCCUCGAAGCUGCGCCAGAAUGCGACAACAAGAUCGAGGGGUCGUGGAAGGGCGAGCAGCGGCAAGAUGUCAAAGGUAAAGGGAAGGCACUACCGUUGCCUGCUUUCGAGAACGACGAGGCCGUUCCAAAAAUCGAGGCAGGUCGCACGGAGCCUGGGUCAGUACUACCUAGGUAGUAAAUGUGUCACAGGAAGGACCCGGUCUAGGAGAUUCUACAGGUAGCUCAACAGUCCUGGCGGCUGCUUGAAUCGAAAUGAAGUUGGGGAAGGAAAGCACGAUGGUGUCAUCACGUCACGGGGUCAA